GCCGGUUCGCUCCCGCAAGGUUACGCCCGCGUCCGCAAAGUAUAAUUCCCCGUCCACUUCCCAUGGACUCCUCACGCCAUACUCGCUACUCACGCAUAUUCGGAUCCGAGCAUACGCGGUCGAUGGUGCAUCGCCGUUUCUCCCCACCGACUCCGAGUCGCUUCUAGGGUUUUACUUGCCCCAUCUAUAGGAGCAGGAAUACGGCGAGAAGAACAUCUCUUUUUCCCCCCCGUUUGAUCUCUGAUGGCGGCUGGGACCGUUGGAUUCCCGGCGGAGGGGGGCGGCCCCGCCGGUCACAACCUCGCUCGCACCUUCAAAUACCUGAUGGCAACGCAGUUCCUGUCGAGGGGAAUCCCAUUUAUAUUUAAUUCAUGGAUCGUGAGGCACCUCACAGAAGCCGACUAUGCGCUUUAUGCAGUACAAUUUCAUCUUUUUGUUACCUGCAUCUUAUUCUUAAGCCGCGAGGGUUUUCGCCGUGCAUGCAUGCGCACUGAUGUUCGAAGUGAUGGCUCACCAAUGGAAGAAAAUGCUGCGAGGCUAUUGAAGGUAGCUUGGAUGACUUUUCCAAUUGGCAUAUUUUUUACUUUUGCAGCCUGCAUCUUUGUAUUCUGGUAUCAGAAACUCAGUUUUUCUGAACCAUAUGCGCAAGCUAUACUGAUCCAUGGAGUUGCUUGUUUAUUGGAGUUACUGGCAGAGCCUCUAUAUAUUCUUUCUCAGAACUUGCUUCUCCUUAGAUUAAGACUGUUGGUCGAAACUGCAGCAACUAUUCUACGUUGUAUGACAACCUUCAUCCUCAUUGUCAAACAAAGUAACAUGGAAAAGGGAAUUGUUUUUGCUUUCUCCCAGGCUGCAUAUGGUGCUACCUUGUUUUUAGGAUAUUGGUUUUAUUUUCUCCUCUUUCGUAUCAUCAGGAUUUCAUAUCUGUUUCCUUUCAGAUUAUGGAACUUGAUGGACUAUGAUAAACAACUUUGGCACAUGUGUGUAUUAUUUACUGGCCAAUCUGUUCGAAAGUUGAUUCUUCAAGAAGGGGAGAAGCUGGUUCUUGUAUGGUUGGAUACACCCUAUAACCAGGCUGUAUAUGGUCUUGUGGACAAGUUAGGAAGUUUAGUCGUAAGAUUGGUUUUUCUUCCGUUUGAAGAAAGUUCAUAUGCUACUUUUGCAAAAUUAGCAUCAGGACAAUCACCCCAAAGGAACACAAGGUUAGGGAGUUCUUUAGUAGAAGCCCUGAAGCUUGUUUUGCUGAUUGUGUUGAUGAUGAUAAAGAUGCUUGCAUCGGGACUAAUGGAAGAUAGAAGGCAAACAGGCUUUGUGGUAAUAGCAUUUGGUCCAAGCUACUCAUAUACUCUCAUAAGAAUACUCUAUGGGAAGAAAUGGAGUGAUGGAGAAGCUUCAGCCGCCCUCCGUUAUUAUUGCUUUUAUGUCAUCGCCUUAGCCAUGAAUGGGACAUCUGAAGCUUUUCUACAUGCAGUUGCAAAUGAGAGUCAGCUUAGGAAGUCGAAUGAUUCGUUGCUUAUAUUCUCUGGGAUUUACAUAGUACUAAAUGUCCUUCUGAUUCAAUCUGCCGGAGCAUUAGGAUUAAUUGCUGCUAAUUCAAUAAAUAUGAUGCUAAGGAUUGGAUAUUCUGCUGUAUUCAUCAAACGGUAUUUCCAGGAAUCUUCUUCGUUUUCUUUUUACCGAUGCUUGCCAUCUGGAUGGACCAUUCUGCUAGUUUCUGGUGCUACAACACUCAUAUCUGAGAGAACAUUUCUUGAUAAGGAGAACUUCUGGCAGACUAUUUCCCUUCACUUGGCCAUUGGCAUUGGAUGCUUCUGCAUCUCCUCUUUUGUGAUAUAUCAUCGUGAAAAGCAGUUCAUCAACAAAAUCAUGCGCAUCCAUAAACAUACCGACUGAAGACUUAUUAUCUCUGAUGUAGUUUGAUCAACUACUCACUACCAUGACUAUUCUGUUUUUUCGGACGAAGGGCCUGGGCAUUGAUACUUGAGCUUUGGAUUGAUAGGAAAUUUUGCACGGGAACUCAAGGGCACUUCCCAUUUUGUAGUGGCUGCGUUUGGGUGGUAACCGAGGGUAUCUGAUGUCUGACACAUGAAGCUGACUUCUGAUGUUUUCUCCUGUGAAGUUAAUCAGAGUACUUGAAUUGUGGGCUGUAGUUGCAGCGUGUUUGUUUGUGGGACUCUCACAUUGGAAAAUUGCCAACUUUUUGUCUUGGGAUGUGUUUCUGUGAAGCGUUUUUUAGGUUGUGGGAAUGUAUUGCAGGGGUAGCGUUGUAAGAGAUAUUUUAUGGUUUGGGUAGAACUUAUAGGUGUUAAUCUGCAAAUUUGAAUCAGUAAAAAGAGAAUUAAUUUUAUUUACUUGUCAUGCCACAGUUCUGUUCUUUGAUUUCA